AUGUUUCGUUAUGAUCGUCCUCAAAAGGGCCGUCAGAGGCAGUUUUUGCAAUCAGGGGUAGAAUUCUUUGGACCAAAAGCUCCUUUGGUGGAUGCAGAAGUGAUCGCAAUGGCAGAUCAUGUUUUGAAAGCACUAGGCUUAAAAGGCCAGGUUCAGUUGCAAUUGAAUACCCUUGGCGAUGCACAAAGCCGUGAUCAGUAUCGUGAAAAGCUCGUAGAUUAUUUUAAGAAAUACGUGUCUGAUCUCUCCCAAGAAUCUAAAGAGCGGCUAGAGAAAAACCCUCUCAGAAUUUUAGAUUCAAAAGAUAAGAAGGAUCGCUUUAUUAUAAAAGAAGCGCCGCUUUUUGAAAAUUCUUUAACAGGGGAAUCAAGGGAUUUCUUUGAGAAAGUGUGCUCAUUUUUAGAAGACUUAAGUGUUUCAUAUGUUUUGAAUCCUCGACUUGUUCGAGGGUUGGACUAUUAUUGCCAUACCGCUUUUGAAUUCACGACAGACUCUUUGGGGGCCCAAGGCACUGUUUUAGCAGGUGGUCGAUACGAUGGUCUUAUUCAAAGAUUUGGUGGACCAGAAGUUCCUGGUAUUGGUUGGGCAGCAGGUUUGGAACGCCUAGAACUGCUAUGGAAAGGUUUUGCGGAGGAAGAACGUCCUAUUGUCUUUAUUCCCAUGGGAGAAAAGGCUGAAAAACGUUCUGCAUUGUUGAUGCAAGAGCUGCGUCAAGCAGGACUUUAUAGCGAAAUGACUUAUUCUGGAAAUUUGCAAAAGCGUUUGAAAAAAGCAGAUAAAUGUUGUGGAAAAUGGGCUGUUAUUUUAGGGGAUGAUGAGCUGGCCUCAGAAUUGGCAACGGUACGCUUUUUAGAUGAUGGCGCGCAAGAAUCUGUGCCGUUAUCUGCUUUGCCUAAUUAUUUUAUGGAGAAAAGUACAUGA